AUGAUGGCGGAUUCCUACUCCGAUUUGCUCGAGGAAUUCCACGACUUGCUAAUAAAACGGCCGGAAAUUUAUUACAGUAAGCCAAGAGGUUUUAAAAAUACAAUUCCAUCAACCAUUUCUUGUUCAAAUUGUAUUCUUUUCAGGUCUAAUAUCCUUGUUGAACUACUUUUGCUCAUUUCUUUGCUUUACGUAUUCCAUGCAUCGGUAUAUCAAUUGGUUAUUGAAUCAUCAUUACCAGCCGUUGUUGACUGCCAAACAUUUACGCAAAAACGAUAUGAUGACUGCCAUUUCAUUCCGUCCAGCAAGACCCAACAUUCAGACGCUGAGUUUGAAGAAAAUAUGCGAGAUUAAUAGUAAGUUGCAGCUGCAAAGUGUGAGUAAGAUUUGCUGGAGUUGUUAAAAACUGUGUCUAAAUUGAAGGUUCUUUUCGAAAGCUUUUAUAUUUUAAUAUUUUGCAGAAACCUGGACCUACACGCAUUAUAAUUUCAAUUUCUAUGCGACGCGAGGAGAGCGGAAGCAGAUGGAGGAUCGGAUGAGUUAUCUGCACGAUCUGAUCAAGAAUCGGACAUUCUUCUCAAUUUAUGAUGGACAUGGUGGAUCGGUAAGAACAACUAGCUUUUUUAUCGUAUUUUUCUCCAGUUUUAGGUUGUUAUAAAACGAAAAAAGUUAUGCGAAAUUUACUUUUUCUAAAGUUUCCUCAUUGCAAGAAAUUUUAGUAUGUCGCCGACUACCUUGAGCGAAAAUUCAAUAAAAAUGUGAACGACGCCAUAUCAAACGAAGAAGAUCGAAUGAACGUGGAACACUUGGAUUGUCUGAGUAUGGGACAAGUAAUCAAAGAGACCAGCUUGAAGUUGGAUAAUGAAUUGGUCAAGAGGAGGUUUAAACAAGCUUGCAAUACUGGUAAGAGACAAAAAUUUGUUAACAAGAGUGGGAUUUUUUGAUUUAAUAGGGUCCUUUGGACAGUAUUAGAGGCCUUUAUAGUUAAGAAAACUGAAUUGUCGACCGGUUUUUAACGAACGAAAGAGUUGACACUUUUGAGGGGAACAGUUGACUCAUUGGGUCAAGUGUUGCCUUCAGGCUGAAAAAAAGGUAAUAACUUUGUAUACGAAAACAUUAGAAAGUAUAAGACUGAGGCUUAACGUCUUGUUUACGAAGGUUUGAACGCUUUCGAUGUUAUCCUUAAUCCUAUACUCUCUAUUUUCUUCACUUUUUAUUGAUUGUCAAAUCAUGACCGACCCCCAUUGAUGUUUAACCCCCUAAUUACCGACUUCUUUCUGAGUGUUUUGACGUUUCAAUUGCGUGCCGUCAAUCACAGCCGUGGGCAAAUUUGUCGGCCCUAAUUGAUCGGGGACCCUCCGGGGCUAAAUCAAAACUUUUGUUCUUAUCUUUCAACUUUUAUAACCUGGACAGCCAGUUUUUAUUCACUUGGUGUUAGAAUUUAAAAUCGGUAUUUUCCAGGCUCAACAUUGAUAUCGGCGCUAAUCACUCAGAACAGAUACCUGACCAUUAUAAACGUUGGGGAUUCAAGGGCUGUUGGCUGCGAUCUGCAGGGAAAUUGCGUUGUGCUGUCGACUGAUCACAAGGCUGACAAUGUAAGUUCGUAUCGCUGGGCAGAAGUUGUUGUUAGUUUUUUGAUUUUGAAGAUGUAGGCGUAUGUUUGUACUGGGAAUGUCAGGCACAGAAACGAGCAAUGUUUUUCCAAUUUCGCGUGCAGAAAUUUAAUUUUUGCUGUAUCUCAAAAGGACGCCUGAACUUUCCACUCAAAAAAUCGAUAAAUAUUUUUAUUUUUGCCAAUUCUCAGCAUCAAACCGUCACUAUUUUUUGCAAAGUUUUCGCUAAAAAUCAAGUGUAUCUCAAACAAAAAUUGAACUCCAAAUUUGAGCCAAAGAAUAAAAAUUUAAAAAAAUGAAUGUCUCCCGUUGCAACGUCAAUAUAUUCCUCGUCAUUUCUUGCCAACCCUUCAUCUUUUUUUGAACCCAUUCCAAUAUAUCAUGGGCCUCCCUUUCGUCCACAUAAUUACGUUGACAAUCCCACCAUUAUUGAGCUUGUGGAGAGCGGAAGCACGGGGAAUGACACUUCCUGAUGUUUCUUGUUUCAACUUUUUUCUUUCUUUUGAGAAUAUUAUUCUGCCAAACAGAUCAUUGAAUGCAGGCUAGCCUGUAAACAAAUUUUUUUGCGGGGGAAUUUAGACAUUGUCCGUAAAGUACUGAGGGAAAAUUUUUUUUUCAUAAAUUUGCAAUUAUUUUUCUGCUCGGAGGGCAGACAUUUUUUGCGCGGAUGUUUUCCUCCCCUCAGGGUAGGAAGGCAAAGUCUUUAAGGCGGCUUGAUUGAUAGGAUAAAACUUUUUGGAAGUUAUAAGCUAGUAUAACAUAUGAUCUGUAUGCACUUUGCAGAGCUGUGGAGAAAUCGUCAAUUUUGAGCCGAAUACUGGCGGAGUUAAUUUUAGCGCGGGAUACUGUACUUUUUCUAAAAAAAAUAAGGUAAAUUUUGUGAAAUUUUUUUUCGAAUUAAAAAAUUUGCUGAAAAAUGUUGUACGAAAAAAUAUGCCAUUUGGAAACAGCUUUGGAGACAUCACUGCCAAAGUAAACCCGUCUAGAAGUGCAUAUUUUUCUGUCGUAUAACCUUUUCGAAUUUAUAAUAAAGCCCCAAGAAGUGGAAUUCCCGCUCAAAAACACAGCUCCCAACUACGUCAUCAUUUUCUCUUAAUUCUCGAAUUUUUGACCAAUCGGACUCUAAAAGAUACUACUUAAUAUCGAAAAAAUACUGCUUACUACUUGAUAAUGAAGUGUUCCGAGCGAAUUAAUUUCUUUUGUUUUUCAGCCGGAAGAACGGGAACGCGUCGAGAAGGCCGGGGGAUUCAUCGAAUACUACGGUGUUCACAGAGUUCAAGGGGUUCUGGCUGUGUCGAGGUAGGCUUCAGACUUUUUUUUGGAGUGCUUUCUGGACUACAGUAAUCUGAAUUUUUUUCGUUGAGCUCUAACAUCACUUGCAAUGACGUUUUUUUUGUUCUUUUGGAAGCUUUAAAAUUUUGAAAAAAAAAUUUUUUUUUAUUAUAAAAAAAUUACUGUAAGAUUACCAUUUCCCAGACAAUAAAAACUUUUGAUGUAAAUAUUUUUUGACCUUUUCACCGAUUUAAUUGCCAGAUUUUCCUUUGAAAAACAUCCCAGACACCUCCCAAAAUUGCAACCCACUCAGCAUGGAAUUUCGCGGACAGUUUUUUUUUUUUUUAUUUGACCGAGCAGAAAAUUGAAAAAAAUGGAGAAUUGCGGGGAAUUCCAUCUGAUUUUCAAGGAGUCCAAAUUGCUUUUUGGGACGAUAUCGGAGGAGAAAGGAGGGGGGAAAUUUGGCUCGAAUGGAACGGAUGGCCAUAUGGGAAUUACUUUUUUUUUCAUUCACUCAUCCCCAAAUUUUCAUACGUCUUUAGGGCCUAACCGAAUUUUUGGCAAUUCUGUUACAGUCACAAUUACAUUUUGUGGAGGAAAAGGAUAAUGGAGGAGUGUUUUAUUGUUUUAGGUUAUCCGAUUUCGCGAGUUUGAGUGCACAGUAAAAAAGUUUGGUUUUGGAUAAAAAUGUAACUAUGCGGAUUGCUGAGGAUGCAGCUCUGAGAUUUUGAUGAAAUUUGGCUCAAAUAAAGAUGCAAAUUUUUAAAGAAUUUUGAGAUUUUUAACUUGUGCUAUGCAAAUAUAAAAAUCAUCGUUUUGUCAGAUCGAAAAUAGAUUUUUUGUUUAAAUCUACUGUCAUAUGGAUAAAAAUUUAUUCACGGCCGCCUCUCCUCAUUAUCCUUGUACAAUAUGACCUAAAAAUUCCAGGAAUUUUUUAAUGGCCCAGCUAAAUAAUGCGUGCAAAAUUUGAAAAAGAGUGCGAGCUUCGGUCUUUGAGAAAUUCACCUCUGAAAAAGCGGUUUCAAAGUUUUCAUUUUUUGUGCUACUGGAAGCAAAAUUUGAAAAUCGCGGUGAAAAUCUAUUGCAGGUACAAAAUUUAUUUUUUUUUGUUUUAAAAUACGUCUAUGCAACAAACUAUGAACGAUUUUCUAAACGCUUUUCUUGAUAUUACUCGUAUCCCUUUAAAUCAUAACAAUUCACUCGCUUCAAGCCUCUUAUUCAAUAACCCCUGCGGCAUCUGCCCUUUCCCUAUCAUCCAAAACAACGCAUCUUCCCCAUUCAAAAGUUCAGCGAAAUGCUUUUGCUCCGGGCCAACCUUGUGCCCGACCUCUAGACAUACGUAUCCAAUAUUUUCGGUGGGCAAAGUGCUUUUGUUGAUGUCCAAAAGCACCUGUCUUAAUUUGCGCUAUAAUCUCGGAAUUUUCGCCGGAGGGUAAUUUCCCCAAUUGGGACCGAAUCUCCGUAAUUGGGCCGAGAAAUGCAGCGGAUUGUUUGGGGGAUUUGAGGCGUUCGGUGUUUCAGCAAUUAUUUGGAUUUUCUGCAGAUUUCGGAUUCACUUUUUUCAAGGGCUUCAAUGCAAAAGUUCGGAAAACAGUCGGAGUUUAGAUAGGAGAUGGCAAUGUUUUGGAUAUAAUCUUAAAUGUAGUUUUUUGACUCGAAAAAUUUUUCUUUCAAAAAUUUCGAUACAAUAUAAAAAUUACACUUCCUAUGUAUCGAUUCAAAGCAAAAAUUGUGUUUUUUAAUUUUACAUAGACAAGAAUUUAGAAUUUUUUUAUAUUCUUAGCUUAUGCUUUUCAGCCAAGAGAACAUUUUUCCUGUUGAUAUUCUAUAAACUUCCAUCGUCAUUUACAUUCCUUCUCCUACAUUUUUCCCGACCAUUUUUAAACACCUUUGUGCAACGCUUUUUGCCAAAAAAAUUUCUAAUCGCACCGCAAUUAUUCACUCACGCUACUUUUUCUUAAUCCCAUUUCUUCUUCUCAUCCCUUUGACUCUAUUUUUUGCCGUUUUCAUCGCCUGAUAGUUAUUAAUAACCUUGCAAAUGUCCCAGUCCUAAUUGUUACUAAUUUUGUCUUAAUUUCCGGCUCAUUUACAUUUUCAACGGUGGAUUUGUCAGCAAAAUGGGAGGGGGAUGUCGAGCUAAUCUUUUGUGAAAAUUGUAGUUCCUACAUUUUUCCUAUUCUCUUUCUCUCAGUUGUUAAGAUUUUUGGAUAUAUUGGGCAUCCCUGCACAGCAUGAGCUAAGAUUUUUGGAAAUUAGUGAACGCUCCGGGUUGAAAAUUUGCUUAAAUUGUUUUGUUUUGUUUAAAAAUCCAUUUUUUUCAAGAAGAUUGUUCCCUUUGAAGUAUAAUCAUUUCGAAGUCCUCUUUAUCUUUUCAAGAUCUUUAAACACAACUUUGAUCCUAUAGACUCAGAUUCUCGAUUCCAGAAGAACCCAUUUCCAACACAACGCUUCAAAAUUUCUUUGCCGAAAUCUACCGGAAAGGUCCUCAAAACGGGGGCCAGAUUAGUGAAAAAAUAAUAAUUGGUAUAAUCCCAACGGUUGUUCUUUGUUGCCUAGGAUUUCCUCUUUCUUUUUAAUUUCAAAUUAAUCCCUGGAAGACGCCGCCAACUCUUGCGUCCCUCCUACAUAACUUACAGCGAUAAGUUUUGGAAUUUUAGCCUCUGUAGACGCUUGUGGUAAGCUGUAGAAGAGGCUUAAUGUAACCACGUUCCCAUUAGCUUAGAAUUGAUACAGAGACAGUUCUAGUCGUAAAUUAAGGGAACUCCUUUUCUGAUCAGGCCAUUUUUAAAGAAGAUUCCAGGCUUUAUUCAAUUUUUACUCGACAAUUAAUAUUUCAAAUAGUAAUUCUACUGUAUUUUCCCCUACUUCCUCCUUCUGCACUUUGCAUUUCUUUCUCCAAAACAGUGACCAUUUCAGGCAAUCUCUCGUUUAGAUAGCCAUAAGUAAUAUCAUUUCCCUUUAAUCUCUGGAUCUCUUCGUCUUCGCUCGGCUUCUGAGGACAUUUUAUCAUUUUUGUUUUUAUCGUUUAAAUGCCCUCGAAGGAACACGAGUGGGAUUCAGAAAAUUAGCUUUGUCAAGGGGUUCCGCGAAUUGUUGGUCAUCCUCGCUUUUUUCCUUCGUCUGUCUAGUUAUGCAGCAGAAGAAGUUGUUACGGAGCGCGAGUUUUUUUUGGCUGAUUUUGUUCUGUUGGCCCUAAAAGUUGCUAUUUGAUAUUGUCAUAACGUUGAAAAAGGGCUGGAAAUUGUUUAAUUAAUGUUUAGAUUUGAUUAUCUCUUUCUAAGAUGAUAUUCUAAAAAAAUCAAGGCUUUAUGUAGGAAACAACAUAUAAUACAAAUAAUUUUUUUGGUGCUCCUCCUACACAGAUACUACUAGAUGAGUUGCGGCAGUCGUAUCGUUUGCACCUUUCCGUUUUUUAAGGUCAUCUUUUCUUCAUCAAUUGUUUUUGUCUUAAAAAGAGAUCUCUGAAUUACCCUUUUGCAGUUUAUCUAUGACUUUGAGAAAACGCCUAUCCCAGUGCUCUAUUCGGUAGAAGUUCCGGGUCUUCACUACUGCAACGAUUCCUAAUUUUAUGUAUAGCACAAGAAGACUAAUUAAAGUUUUGAUGAUAUCUAGCACAGAUUAAAGUCAGAAUCCUGGGCCACUUUGGACGAUUGGCUUGGGGUUUCAAGGAAAGGCUUAAUUUAUUUAUAAGCCCAAAACAUGCUGAAACUGGUCCAAUAAAGAGUCUAAAAUACCUUCGAUUUUACGCAAGCUUGAGUUUUAUCAAGUCAAAAGAUUGUGACAAAAAAAUUAAAAAGUGUAAAUCAAUUCACGUGCUUAGAAGCAGUGAUAAAACAUCUGCUGUAUUUUAUUGGCAGUUGAAAGCAAUCCCUGCAAAAACGAGUGAUCAUCGCCCUUUUGUAUUAUGCUUGGCUGCUCAGAGAAAGGGCAAGGCAAAAUUUUGAUCUUUAAUGAUUCUUUGCCGCAAUUAGAAACGGUUAAUUGAGAUUUCCAUAUUGCGAAAUCCUCCUCCUUCCCAAGUUCCCUUCAUUUCCAAUGUCAUCCGCCCUGCUGAACCCCCGCCUUUCCAAAGUACGAGCGCCGUCUGUCUGAGCGGUAGCGAACGCAGCAGCGGAGCACGUGCAAUUUGACCGAUUUAACGUCGUUACCUUUUUCAUCCCAAUUUAAUCCGCCGCUGGAAAUAAAGAAGGGAUGGGAAGGAAAUAAAAUUCCCUAAUGUCCCAAAAAACAUUGGCCAAAACAACGGCCGGGGGAGAUAUCUUUUGCGCCCUUCGUUCGCUCCUUAAUCCCACCCCUCAGGCAAUUUAAAAAGUUGCGUUUUUCCGGGUCAUCAUCUGGAAUUUUUUUUGCUGUUAUGCUUUCUUUAUUGCAUAGAGUUUUUUCUUCAAGAAAUGUCAUUUUGAAAAAAAAUUACAGAUUAAAUAUGAAAGAUCACAGCGAAUCAAUCAAAAAAAUUAUUUUUGGAUUACCAUGAUCAACGCAUAAUUUUCAAUUAUUACUUCCACAAAUUUUAAUAUUACGCUUUCUCAAAUGUGCGUAGGCGUUUUGUCUUAUGUUUUUUUGCACGGUGCAAUGGAAAAAUCGCAGAGUAGCUGAAUGCAUUGUACGCCGAGAAAAAAGGAUACGCACUUUUGAAAAAGCGUAGCAGUUGGGGGUGAAGAAGUCUAGUCGUGUUUUUGUCGUCUGAAGCAUUAAAAAUGUAAUACCAGGGCUUCCCAAUAAUCUACAUAAUUCGGGAUUUUUUGAGGGAUUAGGUGAUGAUUGAUGUGUUACAAAUAAUAUGAUGGCUUGUACAUAUGUACAACGCAAUUAUCUUUUCCGAAAUGUCGGGAAGAAUAAUUGCUUUUUGGAAAAAAAAAUCUUAAAUUUUGCUGUGCCAAAAAAUUUAUUUUGAAAUCUUCCAAGCUCGAGUUCAAUAAUGCCCCCAGGAAAUGAAGCCGGAACUGCUUGGGAUUUACGGAUUUCUGCGAUUUCCUGGACUUUCCCCUAGGCGGAUAAUGACGCCCUCGUGGUGUAACUGUAUAAUAGGGCUCUGAAAUUGGACUGUUUAAUACGUCCGGGAUGAUUUUGCGACUUCUUUCAAGAAUGGCAGGGCUUUGGGAAGUUGGGAUCUUGAGAUUCUUUUUGUAUAUUAUUUAUGUACAUAUGUUACUUCAAAGAGUUGCUGUUCUGCGGGACUUCAAAACUGAAGCCUAAAUUAAGGACCAAUAUGGCAAAGAAACCUUUUACAUAUUACCAAAGCAAUUACUGUUCAAUUUUCUUCACAUUGUUCAUUACAAAAAUGAAGGUACUCAACAUUUAGCACAUUUUUUUGAGAUCUUUGAUGGUACAGGCUUAAAAUGUUAGUGCAAUUACAAAUAUUCGUUAAUCGCAGUUAAUCGCAUUUUUUGACCUUUUUGAUUUCUUUUUGUGUUUGGCCAUUUCAUUAUGUUGAAAUGUACUAAUGGAGGUAUCUAUAGUACUGCCUUUGAAAUGAGGAAAUCAACCUUCAAUGUCCAUUUAGGCUGAAAUUAUAAUACAACAAAAGAAUAAAUUUUUUGAUCCAAUGCGAUUCUUGUAUCGAUGUGGAACUGUAUUGCAGUGGCUCUUUAUUAACUAUGUAUUAUAAUGGCCAUGUUUUUUCAAUGGCCUUGGCCUCAUCCCUUCCUUUCACUUACCUCCCAAGUCUGAUAUUCUUUUUUUUUUAAUUUUGCUCAUCUUUUGUUCCCAUCCCUUUUUGAGUGAUGUAAUCCACGUUAUAAUUGCCAAAAUUACUUUGAGUGCCCUCCGGGCCGAGGAUUUGGAGCGCCAUAAAAUUUACAAGAGAUUACUUUUGUCGCGAGUAAUUCGUUUAGUCGGGGGAUCUCCAAUAAUUCGGUUAUGCGCCUUUAUCAGAUAAUUUUGUGACGCAAUUUCAAUUUUCGGGCGAUCAAAAUGUUUUUACGCAUCUUGGCGAAGGGGAGUACUGCUUUCGAAGAAAAGGGGGACAGGAUUGGCGGGGCGUUUGAGGAAGUAGAAUGAUGCUGUUUACUAGUAGAAUAUAUCUCAAGGAUCAUUUUAAAAACGGUUGUUUUACUGAGAGAAGUAUCUUCUAUCGGUCUGCGCAACAAUAGAAGAUUACAGUGGUAAACUGUUUUUUUCUUACUUGAUUAUUUUUAUGUCAUUUUAUUUUCCCUCUGUCUAAAAAUUAGCAUAAGGCUGAUUGUAAACGCAUGUUUGACCCCUAUUUUUCAUUGGGUUCUUUCGCCGCGAAAUAAGUUCAAGUAUGUUGAUGAGACGACGAAAAAUCCGUGACGAAAGCACUCAAAUCUCCUCAAACUUAACUUUCGGCUUUGAGUUUUUAAUCCGCCGACUACGAAUCUGCUUUGGAUGUAUAUGAGGAGUAAUCUUCUCUUUACAAUAUUCAGACGUCUGUGGUGCAUUUGGUUAUAAUCUUGUAAGGUUUGCGCUGUGGGUAGAUUGCAGUGCUUUGCCUGGUUUAAGAAGGGUUUGUAUAACUUUAUUCGUCCGUCUAGUCUACGUAUCAAUUUCUUUGAUCGUAGCUUGUACUUUGCAGAUCUUGUCGAUUUAUUCGGCGACCUUUUCCAUAGCACUUUUACAUAUGUUUUAUGAAGAAUAGCUUUUUUGCCAAAGCAUGUGUCUUUCUCCUUGAAAACUGUGAUUUUUGAUUUUUCAAUGGUAAAUUUUCUACUUCCCGACAUUGUUUCUCGAUCCCCCUUUUCAACAACUACGUCCAUUUGUGCGUCAUUUAAGGCCUUCUUUACAAACAGUCGACAAUAAACAGAUUUCGGAUGUAACAGGAAUCUCGGAUGUCAGGGAUUAGUUAUGUCAUUUCUAAGAGUGUAAGCAGAUUGAUGUGUUCAGGGUUCUUCAGGGAAAGGGAGAAGAUGAGUUCUGGUAAGGGCAGUGGAGAGAUGGAAAUUUCAAGCCAGAUUUUUGGAAGGUUUAGAUGAUUUAGGGAUUUGGACGGCUGACUUGAAGAGCGGUUUGUGGUCUUCUGCAUAAGAGUUUAUACUGAAUGUUGUUUCUGGAGAUAUUGUGGCGGGGUUGCAGUCAGAGAUUGCCACGGCUCCGGAGCCGGCUCUUGGCUCCGGCUCUGAGCGGCUCCGGCUCCGAGCCGGGAGCCAGAGCCGGAGCCGGAAAUUUUGGGGUCGGCUCCGGCUCCCGAGCCCAAAGUCGGAGCCAGGCUUCCCAGCGGUCAGAAAAGUAAAAAUUUCGUGAUCUUGUUAAACCAAAUUACUUGAAAAAAAGACUGCGGAGGAUGUGACUUGGCUGCAAAAACGUUGGCUGUAUGAUCUCUGGCACUAAGAAAUUUUACUUUUGAAGAAAUGUUUCAAAAAAAUUUUGCAUAGGAGCCGAGGUUCGGAGACGGAGACGUUUUUUAAAUUUUGCACGGAGCCGGGAGCCGGAGCCGGAGCUGCAAAUUUGGCCUCGGCUCCGGCUCUGGGAGCUAAGAGCCGGAGCCGGAGCCGAAAUUUUGACCGUGGCAAUCUCUGGUUGCAGUCAGAUUUUAUUGCUUGAUAUCCAAAUUUUGGCAACAGUUAAUAGAGAAAAUAGCGCGAAAACUUGAGCUGCUUGCCCUACCACGAUUUGUAAAUCCUUUUUUUUCAGUUUUGUUCUGCCUUGGCGUGUCUUCAGUUGAUACAAAUUUUAGCUAGCGAUUUGCAGGCGCUACCCAAAUACCCAAGAAACGCUCCAAAUUUGCGGCAACAUUGAAAAAUUCCGGUGCAAAAGUAACUAAUUUGGCCUGAAAAGCAUAGCUCUUAUCAGCCAGCAUCUCAUCCUGUUGCUCUAAAAUAUUAAUAAUCUUUGCUCCUUGCACUCCAAGAACCAUUUUUUCAAUCUAUCCAGUUUAGAUACUCAAAAAGCAAUUCACUAUGUAAGUACGCCUUACUAAGGGCAACUCAAGAUUACUCGGAAUCUCCUCUAAUUUUUAGUUGUAAUUUUUCUAAUUUUUUAAUUUCGUUUUUCUCCCGCACUCUCUGCUUCGUAUAAUUUCCCGAAUUUUCGUCUGAAUCUCGGCUACUUGAGAACGGAGAUGGAUGGAUUGGUCGCGUGCCGUAUUUCGAUUACCGUUAUAUGGAAAAGAUGCCCUCAGGGGAUGUCGGCGUCCUUUGGGGAGGUUAGUGCCUUCGGGGGAUGUUGUGGGCGAUGAUGUCGUUUGGUCUGACCGGGAAGUUUUUGAUGACUCAAGUGCUGAAAGGAGGCUGGUGGGGCUGAGGAAGUUUGGGCAUGAGGGUUAUGAAAUAAUGAUUACUAGGGGUUUUGUUGUACAGCCGGUUACAGAAAUAUUUGUUGGUGCCUAUUUUUGAAGAUGAUGUGGAUUUUUGUUUAUAUAGUUUGCUACACAAAAAAUUGGGUUUUGGCAGUCUUGAAAGCGUUUUUAAGACAACAUGACAGUUGAAAGCAAUUUCUAAAGCAUGGAUUCUUUCCUAUAAACAUUUACGCAAAUUUUUUCCCUGAAUUUUAAAGCCUUUGAGCCUCGAUGAUUGGUCUGGCAAUUGUCAAAACAACAUGUCUGCCAUGUGUCCCUCUGUCAUGAAAAUCAUUUCAAAUUGAGCGAAUCAAAGCAGGUUGAAUACAUACUACAUGUUAGCGUCUAUAAAUCACCUUUCUUUCCAUCGUUUAACAUAUAUUUUUUUACUGUGACCUCUAUUAAUAACUCGAUUAUUCGGCCCUUAAGGCAACAAGUUUGAGAGGGGAAUUUCCGGUCCAUUCCUUUGAAUAGUUUAUAAAAAAAAUAAAAAAAAGUUCGGCCGAAUGUUUCUUAAACUUUUGGCCAUAUUAAAUUGGGAAAGCCAGCUACCGUGUUGCAAGUGGACUUGUGUAUUUUGAAUGUUUACCCGCGGAAUUGCCAAGUGGAUUGGGGGCAGGGGCAUAAUUGAACCCGAACUCUUUGGAAGCCUUUAUGUGCCGUAUUUGAUUUUGCUGUAUACUACUUUUUUCACCCUAAUUUAAUCGUAUUUUACAUCGUCUUAAAAGCUGUAUAAAUUUUGCUUAAAAUUGCUCUCAUUUACGGCCGCCAGCUUUGGCUUUAUAAAACAAAUUCGUUUUUGUGGCCAAAAAGUAAAUCCCGGCCAAUCCUCAGAUGUGAGUAAUUUUCAUCGCCCAAAAAUUGAAUCAAGCCCUCGCGGAAAUAUUAUUUUAUUUUAACGAGAUUCGGCCCUCAUAACGAAGAUCCACCCUCGAUUUCUCAUGGACCAAAUUUCACGGUGGGGAUGUCUAACGCCCUCACAUGAGAAAAUUGCUGAACCUUUUUUUUAAUAGAGUUACUUUAGUCCUAGUAGACCUACUGGAUACGUUAGAUGGAUUUGCAAAGAAGGAGUCAUCGUCUUUAGUCUUCUUGGACAAGGGCUUUAAGUCGGCUUAUGAUGAGGGAAUUUGCGAUAGGUCUGUUGACAAAAUGUCACUUGUUUAUGGGCUGUACUGGCUAGCACAGUAAAGAGCGAUGAAGAGCGGACUGCACGAUGAAAAAUAGUAGUUUGUCUGCACAUGUUCUAUAUUUUAUUUCGGCCUAGAUGAAUGAACCUAUGUCCAAAAACAGCGUGUUCUAUGGACUAGCUCCAUAAGACGCUUUACGGUGCUUCUCUUUACUUCGCAGAAAUCACAAUUUUAGCAGUCUAAAAUUGCGAUUUUAUAUGAGAUCUUCUUUAAAGGCACAUUUAUUUUGCUCGAGGAACACUUCAUUGUAUUGCAAAUUCAGUCCAUAAAUCUUUGCAAUUACAUUUACAACGGUAACAUGCACUCUCCGAGAGCUCGUAAUAUCAUUACAAUCACCUUGUCCCCAUUUGCAUUCCUUUCUAAUCAUCUCCCUAAUAUUUGUCGCGCUUGGCCAGGGGGCUUUGCCAAAGCCCAAUUGGCCCUAAUCGGGAUUUUAAUCGGAUUUCGCUUCAUAAAGUGGAAAAGAGAUUCAUUCUUUCAAUUACGUUCAUAAGCACACCCGGGGAUAUUAUUCCUUUCGUACUCUGAGGGUUUUGGGCCGGAAUGAGCCCCCAAAUUAUUGAGAAUGGAUAUUUGGGGAUGCGCUGAGGAACGGGGAUUGUUUACUGCGAUUUUUAGGGAAAUUGAAGGGGCUAAUAGUGCUCAGGAAGAUUCGGGUUUUGACGGUGUUUAUUGCGUGUGUACAGGUUCAUUGGCCGAUAAUCCUAUGAAGACAUAAUCGUUCUACAGUCGCAAUGUCUUAACUGGGCAGAACACCACAUUAUUGGCGGUCUUCCAGCUUUAUUAUGGGUGUGUUUUUCUUGCAAAAAAAGAAACCUCAAAUCUCUUUUUUUUUUAUUUUUGCACAACAACAUCUUGCUGUAACAAAAAGAUAGCAAUUUGUAGCAUUUUUGCAGACCCUAAAACUAUUCUUUUUACAUUAAAUCUUACAGCUAGACCUUCUCAGCCUUCUUUUAACGAAAUUAAAAUGAUACGAUGUUACCCCCAUAAUUUUACUGUCUCAAAUUUUACCUUUGCCUCUGUAAUUAUCAUACAUCUUCAAAUUUUAUCCAAAUAAAACCAAUUGAAAAUUGGCCACUUUUAAAUUAUUUUCGAACGUUUUUUCGAUAUUUUUCGGGGUUACAAUUAGGCUUAAUCGGAUUAGAUAUGCUAUAAGCGGGGUUUUUGAGGACUCCCUGCGUUGAAGAAGAUUUAGGCAGUCUGGGACGGAGCUUGUGAAAUUACUAUUAUAUAUAUGUGUGUUGAAAUCAGACGGGUUGAAAAGGGGAAAACAAGAUCAGAUGUCAUUGAUAAUGUCACUCGACAAAAGUAGGUCAUAUUGUCCAAAAUAGGUAGCUUAUAUUCUUUUAUCAAAGUCAAUUUUUAUAAGCCGAGACUUCAAAGUUGUCGCCAAAAAUUCGUUUUUUUCUGUUUGCCUUUUCUGAUUGCAUAUUCUUCUUUUCAAAAAAUGAUGAUGUUUUAUCCUAACUGACUAACAACAAGCUUGUCGAGUAAAUUUUUAUCGCUCAAAAGUCUAUAUAACGGAAAGUAAUUGCUCCAAAAAUUGCAGAGCUUUCGGUGAUUCUUCGCUGAAACGCGGCGGCUACAUCAACGCCCAGCCCGAUAUCCAGACAAUUGAUUUGGCCGAGCGCCCAUUGCGCUAUAUUAUUCUGGCAACAGACGGAUUCUGGGACGUCUGCACGAAUCUGGAGGCAGUGAACGAGGUGAAUUAUCAGUUGUCGAAGUUUGAAAAGCCAUUGGAAAAAGUCGAGGAAUCGGAUUUGGAGACUGAAGACUGGUCCAAAAUCAGCGACUUGGAAGUGUCCGAAAAGGAAGAGACAGAGAGCAUUGCUAUUGGAGAGAUUGGGAAAAAGAAGGACAGAAAAGAUUCGGGUAAGAGAAUUUAAAGACAUAAUCAUCAAAAAAAAUCUAUUGUUUACGUUAUGUCGUAUUUUAUUGAGCCUUUGUAAUAACCCCAGAAUUUUUGUUUUUAGAAGCUCAUAGAAUCACACGUUUCUUGGCGCAUAUAUAAAAUUUCUGACUAAUUAAUUUACUGUCAGUUGAGAGACAGAGGCUUCAGUUGGACUUGUUUUAAUAUCCAUAUUCUUUUAUGUAAAUUCUUAUUUAGAUUUUUCAAUUUUUGAGAUUUUUAAAAACUAUGCAAAUUUUUGAAAAAAUUUUUUUGAUGAGUUAAAUUUUUGACGACACGAAGGAAAGCGUAUUUUAAAAACUAAUCAUUAUCAAAAUAUGUAUUAUAGUAUUGUCCAAACCCCUAAAAUCUUUUUUAUAAUACAAAUUUUCAGUGGUGACCCUGCUCUCCGCCCAAGUUUCGGUCCAUAAUUUUGAAGAGGAGGCCGAAGAGCCUUCGAAAAUCCGGCGCCCGUCUUCAUGUUUCGGGGAUUUUAACGUCGCCGAGCAUCUGGUUCGACUUGCCAUCAGUCGACGCACUUCUGAUAACGUUUCUGUUUUUGUCGUCCGAUUGGACCGGUUUUAA